AAGUGCGAGCCACCAGCAAACACGCGCCUUAUCCCUACCCACCCGACCUCGAGUGACGUUAAAGAAUGUUAAGCUGGGCAAUUAGCUUGAGACCUUCUUGCACCCAGGUUAUCACCUUCGAGCCCGAUCAGUGGAGCUGACCCGAGCACUCGGUAGUUAGACAUUCAGUAGGCUUGCCAGAAGACAGGAACUGCGCGGUGAGCCCUAUCGGACACACCGCGGGCCUCGGGGGAAUAUCUUUUCAAUUGAAGGUCGAAUGUCCCGAUGUCCGAAGAAGAAAGAAGUAAAUUUUAUUGCAGAGUAGCCUGGUGUUCUUUCAGUCGCGCUAUUUCUAACAGAUUCCCUCUUUAAUCGAGAUCUUUGUUAUCUUUGGGCUCUAGGUUUGAGACAACACUUAACUCGUGUCAUCUACACGCACCAGGAAUGUGUUGCCUUUGAGGUGGUUCCAGCUGUGGUUCCGGCUGGCCUCGAAUGUCCGGAGGAAGAGAGAUUGGGUCCAGGACAAAAUGCCUUUGGGAGGAAAUCCGCCUAGAGUUUCCAAGGACGAUGCAGGCUUCGAAGUUCAACCUUCAUCUAGACCGCAUGUGCUUUGCAGCUUUUCCCGACUGUUGAUACGGAACAUAUUCUCAGGGUUGAAAUGGCGGAAAGAUUAUAUAGAUGACCUUUGGGAUCACGCAAAGAUCUGCAUCUACAAGGAUUCCUCAAGGCCUCCUUGGCAUGUUUGGAAGACAUUCUCCUUACUGGAAGAGGAUGCAUAUCGUGUUCGCAGCCAACGUGCACUCAACUCAAUCAUCUUCAGUCAGUUCAUAAUAGGAGUAGAUGAGGCAAGAGAAGGAGCAGAGAAACAAGGUUCGCCUAUGGAUAGGGGACUGCAAAUGAUUCCAGUCACGCAAUGCACAUACCAACGACUUAUGGGCCAUGUCUGCCACAUCUCUGCAAGGUGAUGUCACUUGCGACUAAAGUGGUUUUCCCGCGAAGAGUAGGCAGGGCACUUGUCACGGGCACAUGGAGAAUAUUUCUCGGCAGAUUCCUCAUAGAACCUAACAGACUUAUAAACUUGGGUUUAUUCCUUAUAAAAUUCACUUUUAAAUCUGGC